AUGACCAGCCAGUGUCGUCUAUUCCCCAACCUUCGAAUGCAUCUCAUGACUGUGGCCUACGAUGAGCGCUUCCUGCUGACAGGGAAAGGCAACAGCGACCCGCGAGCUGCCAGAAAGAUGGCUGGGCAGUUCUUUAGCAACAACUCCAUCAUGUCCAACCCCGUGGCAGGACUGGUAAUUGGGGUGCUGGUGACAGUCAUGGUACAGAGCUCCAGCACCUCUUCGUCCAUCAUUGUCAGCAUGGUGUCCUCCUCAUUGCUGACCGUGCGGGCCGCCAUCCCCAUCAUCAUGGGAGCCAACAUUGGGACAUCCAUCACCAACACCAUUGUGGCGCUCAUGCAGGCAGGAGACCGGAGUGAGUUCAGAAGGGCCUUCGCAGGGGCCACUGUCCACGACUUCUUCAACUGGCUGUCCGUGUUGGUGCUUCUGCCUUUGGAGGCCAUCACCCACUACCUGGAGCUCCUAACCAACCUGGUGGUGGAGUCCUUCAACUUCAAGAAUGGAGAAGAUGCCCCCGCCCUUCUGAAAGUCAUCACAGAUCCCUUCACAAAGCUCAUCAUCCAGCUGGAUAAAAAUGUCAUCCACCAAAUUGCAAUGAAUGAUCCUUCAGCCCAAAACAAGAGUCUGAUCAAGAUUUGGUGUAAAACGUUGACCAACGUGACGGAGAUGAAUGUCACUGUCCCCUCACCAGUCAACUGCACUUCUGCGUCCCUCUGUUGGACGGAUGGCAUCCACACCUGGACCAUCAAGAAUGUGACUCAAAAGGAGAACAUUGCCAAAUGCCAGCACAUCUUCGUGAAUUCCAACCUCCCUGAUCUUGCUGUGGGCAUCAUCCUGCUCUCCAUCUCCCUGCUGGUCCUCUGUGGCUGCCUGAUCAUGAUCGUCAAGCUCCUGGGCUCUGUGCUCAAAGGGCAGGUGGCUGUGGUCAUCAAGAAGACCCUCAACACUGAUUUCCCCUUUCCCUUCGCAUGGGUGACUGGCUACCUGGCCAUCCUCGUGGGAGCAGGCAUGACCUUCAUUGUACAGAGCAGCUCCGUGUUCACGUCUGCUCUGACUCCACUGAUCGGUAUUGGGGUGAUAACCAUUGAGCGGGCUUAUCCACUCACGCUGGGCUCCAACAUCGGCACCACCACCACUGCCAUCCUGGCUGCCUUAGCCAGCCCAGGCAACACACUGAAGAGUUCACUCCAGAUCGCCCUGUGCCACUUUUUCUUCAACAUCUCCGGCAUCUUGCUGUGGUACCCGAUCCCAUUCACCCGCCUGCCCAUCCGCCUGGCCAAGGGCCUGGGUAACAUCUCUGCCAAGUACCGCUGGUUUGCCAUCUUCUACUUGAUCUUCUUCUUCUUCCUGACCCCGCUGGCGGUGUUCGGCCUGUCCCUGGCUGGCUGGCCGGUGCUGGUGGGGGUGGGCGUGCCCAUCGUCCUGCUGAUCCUGCUGGUGGUCUGCCUCCGCAUGCUGCAGUCCCGCUGCCCGCGCAUCCUGCCGCUCAGGCUCCGGGACUGGAACUUCCUGCCCGAUUGGAUGCACUCGCUGAAGCCCUGGGACCGCUACAUCUCCCUGGCCACCACCUGCUUCCAGAGGCGCUGCUGCUGCUGCUGCCGCGUGUGCUGCCGCGUGUGCUGCAUGGUGUGCGGCUGCAACAAGUGCUGCCGCUGCAGCAAGUGCUGUGAGGACCUGGAGGAGGGGCCCGAGGACCAGGCAGUCCCCGUCAAGGCUCCCGAAGCCUUUGACAACUUAGCCAUGAGCAGAGAGGUCCUGGACGAGGACAAGGCCCAAGUGGAAACGCUGGACAUGAAAACCAUUACCAUCAGCACUGCCUUCUAGGCCGGCUGAGGGGCGAGGAAGCAGGGGUGACAUCCACUUUCAUUGUCUUUCCCCUGGCCCAGCACGACAGCUUGUAUGUAGGUCAGCCUCAUCCCAACCGCUCGCUCCCUUGCUCUUUCUCUCCCAGAAGGUGUAGGGAGAAUUAGAACACAAACCCAGCCAGACUGAUGACCAAGUCCACUCCCCAGGACACUCUAGAUCUGUGGUUAAACUUCCAGCAUCUUCCUUAGAAGAGAAAGGCCCAGACCAAGGGAUUAAAGAAGGUUCUCCAAGGCCCUCUGUAACAGUUGGUGUAU